GAUAGUACUCCCAUUUAACAGUUAGCUGCAACCGAUUGGUCAGGCGGCAGGAUUACUAAGUGGUUUCAUAGGGAAUUUGGGUGCGGAUUAUUCCCAGUUCCCCAUAUACUUAGAAAGUUGGAAGCUGGUGAGCAAAGCAAAGAGGGAUCAUGCGUACAACAUGCUUAAGCGGGUCUUUUACUAUGAGGACGAUGCUGGAGGAAAAAUAAAGCGUGAUAUUUUGAAGAUGAUAGGAAAGAACUGGAAGGAUUCAAGACACCACUUGUUUCAUAGGUGUUACAAACAAAUAAGGACUUAUGAGGAAAAUCUUCGGCAUCACCCGAAAGGAAUAGACAAAAAUGAUUGGAAAAAGUUCAUUGACUAUCGCCUGAAUGAAGAAACGCAGAAAAAGUGUGAACAGAACACUUUAAAUCGGAGCAAGCAAGUUUACACACAUACUGGGGGCUCCAAAACCUUGGCACGAAAAAAAGACGAAGUGGAGAGAGAGCAAGGAAGGCCCGUUGGUAGAGGAGAGUUGUUUAUCAUGACUCGUAUAUCCACCCCGAUGCGCAUGUUGUUAGUGGGUUUUAUCAAUAAUUCCACACGCUUUCUAUAUGAAAAUACAAGACUUUGUGAAGCAAUUUCAAAUGUUGAGAGGCAGGAUGGAUCCUCUAAGCAACUUUCACAGGAUGACUCGUUAGCACAAGUUCUCGAAAAGGAGCACCCAGGACGAGUUCGUGCCCUAGGUGCUGGACCAUGUCCCACCCAAAUCUUUGGUAACGCUGCUGGAAUACCAUCGGGUUCUGCAGAGUCCAAUGCAGAGGAUAAGAGGAUGAUUGCAGAAUUGACGGCUAAGCUAGAAGAAGAGCGGGCGAAGAGACAAUCAAUACAUAAGGUCUUGGGAUAUGUAAUCCAACAGUUAGGAGGCAAUUUGCCAGUUGAGAUUGCUGAAGAGCUGGCUUUUGUGGGCGGUACACCGGACUCUUGCAAUUUCUUGGCGGUUUGUAACCGCCGCAAAUUGGAUAAUAGCAAUUCCCUUUACAUACUGCGGCGGUUAAUAACCGCCGCUAAACCUAAAUGGCAUUUUGCGGCGGUUAUUCCAGCGGUUGAUUAA